GGCUCGUGAAAUUUCCUGUUGUUAUUCUACAAUCGAAAUGGCCUCCAAGUUGGGUGGAAGGCCUUCAGUGGAACAUGUUUCGUCUCUCGCCGAAGUUGUAGAGAUAAUUCUAUCUUUCUUGCCGGCUAGAGCGCUUUUUAGUUGCGCGCAAGUUAGUCGCUUGUGGCGAGACACUGCUAGACGAGUUCUUCGUUCACGACAAAAAUUGGGAUGGCUUAGUUUUGAGGCUCACCAUGAACCUCACGUAGCUCCCUGUACCUCAAAGCUUUCAAUGGAAAUGCUUGGACAGAAAAUUGUUGAAUUCUUGGAUGAGCUACCCAUUGUUCCUGCAGCCUGCAUUGUCUUACUGAGCAGAUGUAGGGUUCACCUUCAAGAAGGAAAAAAAGAUGAAAUAAAAACCUUAGUAACAACUGUAAAGGGAUGUUUACCUCGCUCAUGUGCCCUUAUUGGAAGUGUUGGAGCAGGAGUUAUUGGAACAGCAGAGGGUGGUUUUGCAGAAGAGUUGGAAAGUGCUGAAGGUGUUGCUUUAUUGCUCAUGCCACAAGUUGAAGGUGUUUCAGCAGAGGUUAUAAAUUUGAGUGCCACAGAGGUUAAGAAUAACAGAACAUUCAAAUCUCGCUGGGAGAAAUCUUUGAGACUUCCCCCUGAUGGUACAGUCAAGUGUGCUUUUCUUUUAGCCAAGGGUGACACAUAUAAUCUUGAUGUUAUAGGAAAAACAGCAUCAGGAAUUUGGCAGGUUUGUAACAGUGAAGAAGAUUAUAAGUCAGAUGUAGUAAUAAUUGGAGGACUUGUUGAGUCAUUUGUGAUGGUGGAUAAUGAAGUGAAGAAUGCAGGUGUCGUAGGACUUGCAUUUACAGGAAAUGUUGAGGCUGUUUCAAUGGUUCAUCAUGGAGAAACAGUAGAAGGUGUUCAGGAAAGUCUAAAGGAGCUGAGGAAGUGUGGCAUCACAUGCAACAAAAAUACCGCUUGUUUUAUGGUGUCAUGCAUUGGUCGAGGUCAGGAAUUUUACCAUGCCAAGAAUGUAGAGACUGGAAUUUUUCAACAAGUAUUUCCUGGUAUUCCAGUGGUUGGUUUCUUUGGAAAUGGAGAACUGGGUCUGGAUCUGCAUUCACAUGAAAGAGAUGGCCAUUUUCUACACUCCUAUUCAUCAGUAUUUUGUUUGUGUUCCUUGCCAUCACAAUCUAAUGACAGUUUACCUGCUCAAGGCACAGUUAUCUCUGUUACCAAGGAGCUCAAGCAAGAUGAGAAAGAUGACAAGCCAUCUAAGUGUACUUGACUUAACCCUUUCACUCCCAAGAUCUGACUAGUAAUUCUCCUUACUAUCUGCCAUACAAUUCUUAUGAUAUUAGUUCAGAGAAUUUGGUAUUUGAUCAACUAAUAAUCCCAUGAUUGAUGUUCUUCUCUAUUCUCAUCACCUGCCUGCUUUAUAUUGUAUUGAUAUUGUAAGGAGAAAUUCUGUCUUGGUCACUUGUGGGAGCUAAAGGGUUAAAACAUGUGACUUGGUUAUCAAAGAACCCUAACAAUAUUUGUUGAAUGGUUACACCAUUUCUGUGAACAGAUGAACUUAGGAAUAAUUAGAAUAAAUUAUUGUGCUUUAUAAAUUACAUAACAGAGUACAUUUGUAUUCUCUGAUCAGUGAUUGGAUCUAACUGUAAAUGAUUUUUCUGUUAAUAUUAUAAAAAAAUAUUGGUUAUUUGUUCUGAUGAAGUCACUUCAGAACAGAGAUUGACAUUGGAAGUGUCUUCCCUGUGAGACAAAGGUUGAUACUUUGUUUUUUUUUUUUUAUAUUCAAGUGUUUCUUUGUUAAAUGAUUGUCACCUGAGAAGAGGAUGUUUGAUCUUUCAAGGGCCUCUACUUGCACAGUGGUAUUGCAUAACUGAUAUCUAUAAUUCCAAAAAUGUUUGAAUGUUCAAUUUGAAUGAGUUUAUAUUUUUCAUAGUUAAUUUUGUAUUUAAUAAUUGUUAGCCAGUGUAAAUAGAUCAUAUUCAUAACUUAUGAUUUAAAGUAAUGAAAAUUAUGAGAGAGAUGUGUUUGUCUGAUUUGUGUUCAUGUGUUUAUAGAUGAAUAUAACAAGUGGUAGGGAUGACUAGGUGGGUUGGCUUUGAAUAGAAGAGAAGUUACAGUGACAGUGAGGAAUUUUUGUAUCAGAGCAUACCUGCAAAUUGAACUCAAAUAUUGAAUGAUAAUGCUUUAUCUGCUGUAAAAAUAGAAAAUUAUUUUUACCAAUCAAGGAUAACAAUCUAUAAUACCUUAGUUACCACAAUAACCACAUUCAGGUAAGGGAUUUCCUGAAUGGCUUUUAAUUGCUUUAACCCUUGCACUCCCAAGAUCUCCAGAAUAAUUAUCCAUAUUGUUUGCCAUACAAUUUUCAUGAUGUUAGAUUGGAGAAUUUGGCAUUAGAUCAACUACUUAUUCCCUGAUGACAGUUUUAUUCUCAUCACUUGUCUCCUUUUCAAUGUAUAGACAUUGUAAGGAAAAAUUCUUUCUUUGUCAUGGGAGUGAAAGGGUUAAUUCAAAUCCUUUAGGAGAGAAUAAAGCACCAUAAUUACCACUGAUCAUCUUGUGAUUCUCUCCUGAAAAAAUGUUCAUUCCCAAAUCAUUUGUCACUAGCUUAGAAGGGCAUAUAUUUUUUUGUUUCCAAUUCUGUCAGUUGUUACAAUAUUAUAAUGAAAUAUGAAGUGUAAAACAAAGUUUCAGUUCAGCUUAGAAAUACAUAUUUUGUAUUUAGUCAAUAAGUGUAAUAAGGCAAUUUAUGUAGGCAGGAAACGCAUUAAUAAGUCUCACUUGAAGAAUCCACCAUUUUUUAAGGACCAAUGGUCAAGAAUGUGUCGUAUGUGAAUUUUCUACAUGAACAGUUGAAUUAAAAUGCACUUGACUGGCUCUUACCCAAGAUGUAUCUAUUAUUGGAGGAGAGAUGUAGUGAUGAAGUCACCAUUAACAGUAGUGUCCUUUUUAAUCAUAUGAAAACAAAAUAGUUUCUUUGUUGCCAUGCCUCUGUAAAAAAAUAUGUCACAGAUGAUGUCAAAAUGUGGUAAGAACAUUGGCUGCACCUCAGGUGCCAUUUUUUUGUGGUUGACAUAUGUUUUACAUCGUUUGUGAUCUGUUACUGAAGAGAGACAUGACAACAUUUGUGCUGUUCUAAGUUUUAGAAGUAGUAUAGGUUACAAUUUGUUAAUUGAGUUAAAUGUUGAAAUUGACCAUUUUUUCUAACAAAUUGUAAAAUGUGUGAAAUGUAGAUAUCAGUAUAAUGUUGUGAUGCUACAGUUGGGUCAGUUUAUUUUGGAGAA